GACAGAGCGGGGACACAGCCGGGACACCCGGCACGCGGCCGGGGCACCGCCGGGCACGCAGCGCCGACAGCGCCGCGGGGGGAUGAGGGCGGGCGCCGCCACCGCCGCCGCCGCCGCCGCCCCGUGAGGAGCCGCGGGCGCGGGGAGCGCGCGAGGCCGCCCUGCCACAGGAAGCCAUUUUGUGGGCCCCCUCCUCCUUCUCCUCCUCCUCCUCCUGCCCUCGUCCUCUUCCUCCUCCUCCUCGUCCUGCGCCGUCGCCGCCGCCCUCGGGAGCGGCCGGGCCCGGUGAAGGAGGCGGCGAGGAGGGGCGGCGGCGGCCGCCGCGCCCUCCCCCAUGGCGAAGAAAACCUACGACCUGCUCUUCAAGCUGCUGCUCAUCGGGGACUCGGGGGUCGGCAAGACCUGCGUCCUCUUCCGCUUCUCCGACGAUGCCUUCAACACCACCUUCAUCUCCACCAUCGGGAUAGACUUCAAGAUUAAAACUGUUGAAUUGCAAGGAAAGAAGAUCAAGCUCCAGAUCUGGGACACGGCGGGGCAGGAGCGGUUCCACACCAUCACCACCUCCUACUACCGGGGAGCCAUGGGCAUCAUGCUGGUGUACGACAUCACCAACGCCAAGAGCUUCGAGAACAUCAGCAAGUGGCUCAGGAACAUCGAUGAGCACGCCAACGAGGACGUGGAGAGGAUGCUGUUAGGAAACAAGUGUGACAUGGAAGAUAAAAGAGUUGUCCCUAAAGCAAAAGGUGAACAGAUUGCCAGGGAGCACGGUAUUAGGUUUUUCGAAACUAGUGCAAAAGCAAAUAUAAACAUUGAGAAGGCAUUCCUCACGUUAGCAGAAGACAUUCUUCGAAAGACCCCUGUAAAAGAGCCCAACAGUGAAAAUGUAGAUAUCAGCAGUGGCGGUGGGGUGACGGGCUGGAAGAGCAAGUGCUGCUGAACCUUCUCCUCUCUCACCAAUCGCCAUCCACCGCCCCUUUUUUCUCGCUGCAAAACAAACCACUCUGCCCGUUUUUUAACCUUAAACCAAUGUUUUGUUCCUCAUCUUAACGAGCUCCUGCCUCCCCCUGGUUUUCCGGCUAGGACAGCUUUGCCUACUCCAGUUUUCUCAACCACAUGUAUAGGAAAUCCAUCUCCGUGACUUCAUUUUCCAUGUUCCUGCUCAACUCACCACUACGUUUGGGUUGUAUUAUAGCCCCGUCCCUCCUGCCAUUAAACCCCAGAGCAAUCAUACUCAACUCUUCUGCAAAUUGUAUAAGAAUAAAAGUUAGAAUUAACAAUUGAUUUUGUACAACAGUGGAAUUUUCUGUCAUGGAUCAUGUGCUUGAGUCCCCCAUACUCUCUAGAUGCAUCAGCAAGAGCCAGGAAAACACUCAUUUUCGCCUUGAGUCCGUGAGUGGGGUUUCUUUGUCCUGUGCCUUAUGUGGAAAAAGGAACUUUUAUUUUCACUUUCUUUUCUGUUUUUUCUGGUGGAAGCAUGUGCAGGAGACAUCCCAUCCCCCCGUGCCAUUGAGUCCCGACCUCUGUAGUGGUUGCUUUCUGUACCCGUUGGUGUCAUGCAUCGAGGACAAAGGGUGGUGCAAACAAAAAGCAGAAUCCAUGUAACCUGCUGUGUCUCCUCUUGGCGAUCCCGCCGUUCCCGACUCUCCCUGCUACCGUUUUCUUUUCUCACUUUUUGCCGCUCUUUCCUUUUUCUGUUGUUCUGUUCUGGUUUUUUUUUUUUUUGGGUUUUUUUUGUUUUUUUUUUUGCCUGCAUGCUGCUUUGAUUUGCAUUUCUUCAUGGUGUGUGAUGUGUUAACGAAAAGGAUGGCAACGCGGAGUGUUUGCCAAAAACUUUAAUACAAAGCACUGAUUUAGCUUCCGAGGUAACGAUGUGGAGAUCCCUACUAACCCCCCUAGCCAUGUCCGUCACUAGCGACCCCUCUCCCGUAGCCCCGGGGCUUCCCAUAUGGAAGAGUUAUUUGCAUGCACUAGUUUCUCUGGAGGGUGAUGUGGUUGUCUGCUUUCUGUGUAUGAAUAUAACAUGCAAUUCCCGAACUGACAGCGGUUCAUUAACACGAGCUCCGAGGGUCUCUCCCCGUCAGCCGCUCCGAGGGGUUCGGGAGCCGAGCGAAGGGCUGAGCGGAACUGGAUUGAAAGAGAAAGAGAGGAAAAAACAAACCCAAACCCCAGCCAGUUGGCGGUUUAAUUUAUUCCCUCCCUGACAACGUUCCACCCCGCAGCGCUGGCAGCAGAGCCGGCCGUGCCGGGUCAGCCCUGCCCUGAUCAGCGCUGGGAGCGCGGCGGCUCAUCCCGGCCAUGGACUGGCUUUUCCAGCUCGCCUGCCCCGUCUCCCGGGCCUGUGCUGGUGUCACCCGUGGCCGGGGGCUCCGUCCUGCCUGAAGGAGGGCUCAGGACCCGCCCGGAGCCUGAGCUCUGGCCACGGACACGCGAUGGUGGACGCGCCGCUGCCUCCCCGGCCCCGCCCGCUCCUCCUGCGGGGCCGGCACUGGCUGGGUCGGUCCUCGCAGCACUUGGGUAACGCUGAGUGAAUUUGAAUGCAAUGACGGUGUUUUAGUGGAACUCCUCCUUCGUUCGGAGCGGCUUCCCCGGAGCGACCCGCCGAGGUGUCUCCUCCCCCUGUAGUAACUCACCGAGGUGUCUCCCUGUCCCUCUGUAUCUGGCAUUUUGUCCCCGUGUGUGUUUUAACCCUUCCCAGGCGAGUGGCUGGUGGGGCCGGGCCGGGCGCUCAGCGUUGCACAGAGCCCGACCGCUUUCGGUUAAAUCUGCACUUUCUAACGUGAUCAAAAAGGGAAAAAAAUGGCGAAUAUACAUCGAGGGUUUUUUUGUAUAAUCCUUGUUUUAAACGUGAGCUUCUUACUCGCUCCCAGGGGCUCGGCUCCUCUGUGUAACCCCUUUGUAGACGCUGUGCUCAGUGCGAGCCCCAGGUGGAGCCCAGGCCACUCGCUGGUCCUACUCGCUGCCGCCCCCGUUCCCCUCCCCUUCCCCGGUUAAUAAACUGAAAUCUUUCUAUUUGGUCUAUUUUCUGUUCCUGUCCAACCACGAGCUGUACCCGCGGGCGUGGGGUCGGUGCCGAUGCUGAAAAGAGAUAACCCCCCCCCUCCAAAAAAAAAAAAAUAAUGAUGUUGGAGGAAUUGGCAGUAAUUGGAUUUGUGCUGGUACCUGAACUCCCUGCUGGUACCCAGCUUGUGAAGGCCCUGCUGGGAGCAGCCCUGCCCGGCGUGGGGCAGAGCCGCGGGGCGGAGGCGGCUGCAGCCCCUCGGUGCCCCCGGCCCUGCCCACGGUGGGGGGCUCAGCGCCGCCUUUCUGCCACAAAAACGUGUGAAACGAUUCAAUUGGUCCCGACAAAACCAAACCUGAGCGUGGCUCUGUCCCACGAGCGGCACGGGCCGUGGGGGCCGUGGUCACCGCGGCGCUUCGUGCCCUCGGACUCGGACGGUGGAAUAAAACAGCAUCAAGGUCCUGGAUUAAUUCCCAUGCGACAAUUUUUUACUUAAUCUUUUAAUAUUUUUGCUACUCCACUCUGGCUUUUUAUUUAAAACACAUUCUUUUGUACCACUUACUGUAUCAAAUUGUAUAAAAGAUCACUGUCCCAUUCUUGGUCGUACCAAGAGCAAAUAAAAGCUUUUAUAAACUUGCA